AUGACACCACUAUCUUCCAGCGUUUUCAGACCAACAUGCAUUAAGAUACUCGCUGGAUUGGUUGUCUUCGUUCUUGCCCUACAGUUCGUCAGUCUCGUUCUUUGUCGGUUCCUAUUUCCAAGACUGCAACCAUUACCUGUUCCUCGAUUUAAUGUUUACGGCACCACGAGAUGUCUACCGCCAGUCUCGCCAGAGAUGAUUACGAAAUCUGUUAAGAAGCACGCCGUAUGCUCGAAGUAUUCUCCUUUCUCAGCUCCUAGGACUCGUAUCGCGACGGUGACCGCACACUUUGGGGGGCUUGAAGGCAACGAACACUACACCCGAGCCUUUGCAACACACUUGGAAAAUGCUCUCGUACAUGGCAAUGAAGUACAUGUUCUAUGCGAUAAGAUCAUCGACGAUCUAUGGAAUAAGCCCGCCUUCAUACUUGACCUACUUUUCAGAGAGAUGGCCAAGCCACAGAGCAAGCGACUAGAAUGGCUCGUUUGGGUCGACCGCGACACACUCAUCCUCGAUCAAUGCCGCCCUCCAGCAUCAUUCCUACCUCCUCGCUCGGACGAAACGCCGGUCGCAAAGUGGUGGCGCCAGUACGGCCGCGCUCGCAGCGAUGAUACCAAUACAGCUCCGCCAGAGGUAAAUCUCCUGGCCACAAACGACCUCAACGGCCUUAACAACGGCAUAUUUUUCUUGCGGGUCUCGUCUUGGGCGAUCUACCUCUUCACGUCCAUUCUCGCGUUCAGGCACUACAAUCCUACCGUCGAGCUGCAGUUUACAGAGCAACCCGCCAUGGAGUUUGUUAUGAAGGAUGACCAGUUCAAGGACCAAGUCCAGAUAGUGCCACAGCACUGGUUCAACACUUACUCGGGCGGCGGAUCCAAUGCUUUCGUGCAAAGAAACGAUACCAUGGACGAAGGUAUGGAGGAUUUACAUGCUAGGAGGGGUGAUUGGCUAAUCCAUUUUGCGGGAAUUAACCACAAAGAUCAGGCUUUGAAUGAGUGGACUUCCAUGCUUGAGGAUAUGGAAGACGUGUGGGAGAAGGAUACGAUACAAAGAGAUGUUAGCGGUGAGGUGAGGUCGUUCUGGGACUGGAAGGGUUUUAGGCGGUGA